UUCCUGGAGAUUUCAAAAUGGCGGAAUAAACAAAGUUUUUUUAAAAAUGAUGGAAGUUUUAUUCAAUGAUUAAAGGCAAUAAUGUAAACCCAAGUUUGAAGACAGAAACAGCAGAUAAACACAAUGUCAGCUAUUGCCAGCAUCCUUAGCGCAACAAAGCACUCCACCAUGGAUGACAUGGAAGAGGAGGAGGAGCCAAUGAGCAAGCAGCUGGAGAUCCUGAUGGAGAGAAAACGACAAGACGAGGUUCGCAAGGCCCGCUUUCACUGGUCCCUGCUGCGUAGCUCAAUAGCGAACACCAUCACUGCUGUCAAGGAGUCUGAUUCUAAGAAUGUUCUUGUGUCUCAUGGACUUCAUCACCACAGAAAAAUAAACCAUUCAACUGACUUAAAAAAAGUUCUUUUCAUCAAGGAACUUGAUGAAUACCUCACAACAGAUGGGCAGUGCGUGCGGAUCUUCAUGUCCGACGGUCGUAGGAAGAAAACGUACACCCUUGAAGAACCUAUGGACAACAUCUCCUACUGUUUACACUUCAGACAGUAUGUAGGCUGGAUCACGGGAGAAGAUGAAUUGUUUCUGAUGAACAAUGAAUUUGAGAUUGUCUCCCAGUCACGUGCCCCAAGCACCAUCGUUCUAGCCACCUACAACAAACACACCCACGAGUACAUCACUGUAGGACCAGGGUAUUUCACUACAUGGUCAUUUCGGUAUGGAGCCCGCCAUCUUAUCCCGCGGAAGAUGAACCGUACAGAGUUUAAGGAGAAUAACAUGUUUACACACAUGGUGCUGGAGGGGACGGCCAGCCGAUCACAGAAAAUAUUCCUCUCUGUUCUCAACUCUGUUGUAGUGUACAAUGUAUAUGAUGGGAAGCAGCUGUCGUACCGUAAGAAUCUCCAUGAGCGGGACAUCACAGCCAUGACAUACUUCAACCCUCUUAAGUACCUAGUCACUGGAGCUCUGGAUGGCACAAUCAAGAUCUGGGACAACCGCUGGCAUGUGCAGAUGGUGUUUGUGGGUCACACUGCACGUGUGAAUGCAAUCGACAUCUACCCACAUGGCUCCGCCAUCAUUUCAGCAAGCAGCGACAACACAAUAAGAGUCUGGAACCUUGAUACUUGUGAUGAGGUGGACAGGGCGGUAUUGAAGGAGCCAGUGUUUAAUCUACAAACAACACUGGACUAUGACACAUUCUUCACAUUCACCGGCCGAACUGUGGACAUGUGGCAGAUCCAACACCUCUACCAGAUACACACGUCCAUUGGUCAGCGUAUUCUAAAGAUAAAGCAGACGGACCACCCUAAUUUCACGCCACGCUCUGUAGUGAUGAGUCGGGACAGUAGUGUACGCCUAAUCUCGCCUGUCUCUGGCCACGUUAUCACCACGCUGCUUCUCAGCCCUAACAGAGGACUCAUUGAUGUUGCCUACGCCAUAGAGAGCGAGACCAUGUUCUGUGUGCUGGCCAAUGGAGAUAUCCUCAAAGUACGGACAGACACAAACCCUUGCAGAGUGGUGAACAACUGGAGAUGUAAUGAACCUGAGAAAGAGGCGUGUAACUAUUUGUUUGUGUAUGAAUACGUGGUGGAUAUACAGCUGAAAACCGACACAUGGGAUGCCAUAAAGCGCUCAGUAACCACGAAGGCCCUGAACCUUGAUGAUGAUGAUGAUGAUGAUGAUGAUGAUCGGAGUUCAAGUAAGAGGGGUAAAUCCAAGAAGAACAUGAACAGAACUCUCCUGCUAGGAGGUAGGAAAGAUGGCUACAUCUGCGUGUUCGAUUGGGAGACCGGGAAGGUCACCUUCAAGAUAGAUGCCCAUGGUUCGAAGGGAGUAAUGAGCAUGAUAGCCAACGCUAAAGUGGACCAGCUCAUAUCUGCCGGGAAAGACAAUGUGAUCAAAGUGUGGCGUGUGUACCCGUUUGUGCAGGAGGCGUUGGCCCCGUUGAUGUCAUUCUUCUGCGCCCACCUUCCCCUUCACAUGACGAUGAUCAAGACGAACCUGUGCGUGGCGUUCCAAGACCACGCCACUGCUACGUACAGCAUCGUCAUGUACAACCUGAGGGAUAGAACCUUUGGAUUUGAGGUCCAAAUGGAUGCCCUUGACCCAAAAGACCGUUACGACCAUGAGCCGGGAGAUGACCACACUGAGUCCAUCACAGGCAUAAGCGCUUGCUCACGCCUCAAGCUGUAUGCCUCCUGCAGUCUCGAUGGCACCGUACGAAUAUGGAACGACACAAACAUGCUCGUCAGGUUACUCCAGCUGAAGUCAGUGCCCCACAGUGUCAGCUUCUGCAGCUCCCGGGGUGACCUUCUGGUCGGCAUCGGCAACCAUCUCUACAAGAUCCCACAUUAUGCUUACAUGCCGAAGUCAUACAUGUUCCGGAUGGUGUCCAUGAGAUUUAACCAACACAAGGAGGAGGGCCCAAUUCCAGAAAACACAGAUCUUACAACCAGAAUGAACAAAAACGACCUUUCUCGCAUGAAAAACUCACACUCUUCAUUCAAGUAUAAGCAGUUUACAGACAUCCUAAGCCCAGCGGAGCUAGAAGAGAUCAACAGAGAACGUUUGAUAAAGGAGAAAGCCUUCGCCCUGCUCCAAAAUCGUGAAGAUGAACUAGAGAAGAUCCGGAAUGGGCAGCUAUCCUCACAGAAGAAACCCAAGUCAACGGCCAAGACGAAGAAAGUGGCCUUUAAACAGUACAUGAAGAUGUUUUAUGACAAGCCUAGGCUUACUAUCCCGAAAGAUGAUCUCUACUCAGAGGACAGAGUGAAGGACGCAUUGAAGGAGCCAGAAGAACCAGAGAAAGUGGAGUACGUGCCUGAAAAGGAACCAAUCGGGUUUUUCCCGCCAGUGUCAGAGGUGAAGAAGCCCAAGCUGGCGGAAGAUUCACCACUGAAGGCUGCUUACCCAAUCAGGGCUGAUGGUUUUGUCCCGAACUCUAUAUUGAUGAAGCUGUUAUGGCCGUCGGUGGACAAGAACCGUCUGCAGAAACGCAAGACCGAGGAGUGGAAAUUGCCGUCGUUCUCUGCUGAGCAGAUGGCAGCCAUCAACAAGGUCAAACAGGAGCGGGAAGCAGAGGAGAGAAGAGCAGCCAAUUUGAACGUAGAUAAAUGGCCGUCCCUGGACAGCUGGCAUGUAAAAUCAGGGACUCCUGGCUCUAAGCCAGGUUCCAGUCAUAGAAGUGGCUCAAAACUCACUUCCGCGUCUGUGCGGGGCAAGUCAGGGGAGGGCGAGGCCCUGGAUGAGGAGGAGGAAGGUUUUGAUGACCGUAUCCUGGACAUGGACUGGGGCGAGGAUGAGGAGGAGGAGAAGGUUCGGGACUCACCCAACAUCUUCGACGAGCGACCCAAGAGCUCCCUCAAAGAGAAGAGCAAGCUAUCUGAGGCGGAGAAACCCAAGAACAAGUUUGCAGACAUCAUGGCUAAACCUCCUACACCUAAGGAGGAAGAAGAGGAGCCACCCAAAGCCAUUGAGAAGCAGGCCACCCUUGAUUCUGUCAAAUCGUCUGAGGGCAAAGCACCCUCCACACCAGGGGAGGUGAAGCCCAUGAAGCCCAUAAAGAAACUUGUAUCCCGGCCCCCACCUCCGCUCAAACCCAAAUCCCCACCCCCUGUUCAGACCAUACCAUCUCCAGAUGUGUCUAAGCAGACGAGGAAGGCUCGUAGUCCAUCGCCGAUGCCGGUUACCACGGAGAAACCUACCACACCACGCCCACCCACACCUCUUCCGGGGUUUAUCACACAGUUCAAGGGGGUUGAGUGGUUUGACAAGUUCUUCUCUAAUGAAUCGGCGAUAGUGAAGCCUUGGUCCCUGGAGAACAUUGUGUCCCAGCUGAUGAAGCUGGUCAAGACGGUGGAGUAUGUUUACAAGACGCCCAUAAUAGAGGCCAUACUUAUACUGCACGCCCAGGACGAGUUCUCAGAGAAUGUUGCACACAUUGUCAUCAAGGGCAUGUCCGUGGUGUUAAACCACCAGAAAGACUACCCCACCUGUAUGUUAGAGGAGCAGCGGGCAUUCAUUCUAACGUGCCUCCGCGCCCUGCACAAACUCACAACCGUGCCAGACAAAGAGUUUGUCAGCGAGCUUCUCGUGCAGUUCCUAGACGGGGAUAAACAAGUCAGAGACCUGGUGAACACCAUUUUCCAGUCUGCAGGCCUUCAGGACCAGCAUAAGUACCUGCCCCGGGAGCUUGACUCUUGGGAUAUCUGGAACGUGGAGGAAGACGACCGUAAGGCGGACCUCCGCAAGAUGUGCCACCAGUGGCUCGACAGAUGGAUGACAACGUACAAGUUACACAUGGAGGACGCCAUAGAGCGGAUGAAGAAAGGCCAGAACAUUCAUGGCCGGAUGAACCGUGAUCAGUUCAGUAAAUCCAGCAGCUCACAAAACCGUGGGAUACUCCGUAGAUCUGUGGGAAUCAGUACAGACCAGGAGACUGUGACCACGUUGGAUGACGGUACAAAGAAAGGUGUUACAGUGACGUUUGACCGACCCCCGGAUCCAGCCCUCAUCGAGAAUGCGACAUAUGUGGACGCAGUGAACUUCUUCUGUGACAUGAUGAUGGAGAAGGAGUUAGAGACAAUAAAGGCCCCAGGAAAACGUCUGCCAGGCUCCAAAGAGAACGUUGUACAAGCGAAAAACACCGUGCUGGUCUUGCCGAAAAUACCACAGAAGCCGAGCCUGGUUCGCCUGGGUGAGACUCACACCAGCCAAUGUCGACCUCACCGCGAGACCAACCUUCAUGUCGAUUACCGUUACCCGGCAAUGAAUGCGAGGGGUUAUCCUCCUAUGCCAGGGGAGAUAAGUGGUUUUGUGAACAGCAUCAACCUCCCUAUGAAGCCUCUUAUGUUGAACCCGUUCCCAAAUGUACUGGACCAGUUUGAUGCAAGAUUCCGGGAACCAGUACUGAUAACGCUUAAAUCUUCCCAGAAAUAUUUUAUACCGUCUCAGUCCAUGGUACCUCAGGAUGCAAUAGCAGCUGCAAUGUGAUUGGUUAAAAUUUGUGUGAUUUAAUAAAGUCUGUGAUUGGCUGAUUAUUUUCAGCAAAAGUGUUGAAAGUUAUAAGGGACUAGUUAUAAACUCAUGAGCAUGCAUAGGCCAUGUAAUAAGAACAGUUGACAUAAUCAAUCAUGCUACCUACUGAUUAUUCAGAGCAUGAUUUGCAUUUAAUUUUUACGUGCCUUUAAACUUAAAUACAAACUGCUGAUUUGUAAAAAAAUAUUUUAUACAAUUCUUGAAUUGCCAGGAUUUGCUAACUUUACAAUUUUUAAAUGUUUUAAGUAUCUGUGAUACCUUUUACUUUGCAAGAUCUAUUUUGUUUGUAUAAAUUUGCUUUUCUACACCUGCAUGUUAUUUCAUUGUUAUUGUUUUCACUGUAUUUGAAUUAUUGUCCAAAAUAAAAAGAAGUAAAUUGUUGUGAAAUAUUA